GUCCAGACCCAGCUCAGGUUCCUACAGUACUGACUACCGUUCCAGACGAUGCAGGUGUUCGUGGUGUUCCUGGUUGCCGUGGUCACCGCUGUGGCUGCAGCCUCCUCGUUUUUGAAGGACCCCGCGCUCGAGGACCCCUGGCAGGAGUGGAAGGGGCUGCACGGGAAGCAGUAUUCAGAGGAGACCGAGAGCUACAGGAGGAUGGUUUGGGAAGACAACUGGCGUUUCAUCGAGCAGCACAACCAGGAGCACGCUGCAGGGAAACACUCCUACAAGCUGGGGAUGAACCACUUCGGAGAUCUGACCGACCAGGAGUUCAAUAAGAUGAAUGGUUUCCGCCCGGAUCCUGCCCUGAGGAAGCUGCCUGUGUUUAACUCGACCGGCAGCCCUGUGCCUCCAACAUCGAUUGACUGGCGAGACAAAGGUUACGUCACCCGUGUGAAGGACCAGGGGACUAAAUGUGAAUCCUGCUGGGCCUUUUCUGCUACGGGAGCCCUUGAGGGACAACAUUUCAAGAAGACAGGCCGACUUGUGUCACUGAGUGAACAGGACCUGGUCGACUGCUCCAAACCGUAUGGGAACAAUGGCUGUAAUAGAGGGUUCAUGAACAUAUCCUUUGAAUAUGUGAAGGAUAACGGGAUUGCCUCUGAGGCAAGCUACCCCUACCGUGCCAAGGACGGGACAUGCAACACCAAUGCUCGUAAAGUAGCCCGCUGUUCUGGCUAUACUGCAGUGAACCAGAACGAACGAGCUCUGCAGGAUGCUGUGGCCAGAAUUGGACCUGUCUCUGUGGCUAUCGAUACUAUGCACCGUUCCUUCAAGCUCUACAAGUCAGUUUUCUGA